AUGCCUCUCCGCCAAUCCAUCCUUAACUUUUACAACUCGCGUUCAGCCCGGAAAGACACAACUACCAUGGCUACGUCUACCCGAAUUCGCCCCUCUAUUUCACGAGAAGAGAGUUCCUCUUCCCUAGAAACUGACCCAGACACAAUCGUGGUCUCGAAUUUACCUCCACGCCAACUGCCCACCCCAUCCGAAAGUUCUCUCGACGUGUCGAUACUCGACGUGUCGAUACUCGACGUGUCGAUACUCGACGCGCGGGUCGUCAGCAUGAAAGAGGUCUCCAAGGGUCGCGCACGACGCGUAAGUCGGCGAUUGACCAAGAGCCAAAGUCAAGACCUGCUCAUUGAGACUACUGAAGAUGAAUCCCUCAAAACUCGAACUGUGAGUGGAGAGACUCUGGUCAACAUAGACAAUGCCAGCCAAUCAACUCUGGUGAAGGAAGGAAUUGCUGCCUUGAACCUUCCCUGGAACAUGAGCCAAACCUUCGGCAAAGAGGGCAAGCACGACCUACUAGCACUUAGCACUUCUUGUCGGACUUCUACUUCAGGCGCUGCCGAAGGUGAUGAAUCUGAAGUUGAGGAGCAGGAACGAUUGGCAAGAGCUGCGGCCAAAAAGGCUAAAAUGGAGGAGAACAACAAAAUAUGGGAGGCACGACGCAAAUCAGCAGAAAAGCAAGCAACCCGAAGAUCUUCUCGUAUGCCUGUGCUUGAGAAGGCAAGCGAGAUGGUCUCCAGCAUUGCUAGCAGUGUACUGGGAAAGCGAAAGGACCGCUCCGUGCAGUCCGCAGCAGGUUCAAAUGCGCAGGGCCCCAAGGUGGCUGGCGAACCUCAGCAAAAGAAGCAACGUCUCAGCCAGGCGCCUACUCCUUCUGAAGAACCCAUCUCUGUUGUGAAAGCACCAGCUCCCCGGCGUGAGAAGAAAUGGCUCACUUCAGGACUUUAUGCGGGCCAACAAAGAACAGUCAGCAGUCAGAAGUCCCGAAAGAGUGGGGGUACUGUUGAACCACCACCCACAAACUCUGUGCUACCAUUGCCCAUGUAUGCUGGAGAACGACUCUUGAGUCAAGGUCGAGAUUUCAAGCUCCCAUUCGAUAUUUUUUCCCCACUUCCAGCUGGCCAGCCCAAACCGGAUGAGUGGAAAAAGGUGAACAAGAAUGUCUUUGUCGGUGACGCAGCACAGGCAUGGCGGAAGUCCAAAUACGAGGAAACCUCGCUUUGUAUCUGCACGCCGGACACUGGCUGCGAUCAGAAUUGCAUGAACCGAUAUAUGUAUUACGAAUGUGAUAGCCGCAAUUGCGGCCUGACAGAAGAACAGUGUGGAAAUCGAAACUUUGAGCUUCUCAAACAACGAGUGAAGAAGGGAGGCAAAUACAAUGUUGGAGUCGAAGUGAUCAAGACAGAAGAUCGAGGCUAUGGUGUUCGCAGCAAUCGAACCUUUGACCCAAAUCAGAUCAUCGUGGAAUAUACGGGCGAAAUCAUCACCCAAGAUGAGUGUGAGCAAAGAAUGCGAACCAUGUAUAAGCAUAACGAGUCUUACUACCUCAUGCUUUUUGAUCAGAACAUGAUUAUCGAUGCAACUCGCGGGUCUAUCGCUCGUUUUGUCAAUCACUCCUGUGAUCCAAACUGCAGAAUGGAGAAAUGGACUGUCAAUGGCAAACCACGAAUGGCUCUUUUUGCCGGAAAUCGUGGUAUUAUGACGGGAGAUGAGCUUACCUACGACUAUAAUUUCGAUCCAUAUUCCCAAAAGAAUGUCCAAGAAUGCCGAUGUGGUGCGGUCAACUGCCGUGGGUUCCUUGGACCACGACCCAAGGAGGAGCGAAAACAGAGAAGCCCUGAAGAGGACAACAAGAAGCCUAGCAAACUGGCAGGAGCGAAGAGGAGAAUCGCCGAAGCUAUUGGAGAGGGCCAGAAGCGAAUUGCCAAAAAGGUCAAAACAUCUCCGCCAACCGCAAAGGUGUACAAGUCGAAACCACCGAAGAACACCAGCCCUGUCAAGGUUCGCAAGGUCAAAUUAAUCAAGAAGGCAUUCUCUGGUAAGACCAGUGCAGCGACAACGGUCCAGGGUCUCGGGCGCCGUCCUUCCAAGCUGAAGAAAUUGGUUGAAGUUGCUAAGGGCAAGACUGUCAACCGCAGCAAGACGACCGGAAGUAAGCGAGUGGUUUCGACAUCUUCUUCCACAGCUUUGAUCGCAAAGAAGAAUCACGCGAUAUCGAAUGGCACUAUCGGACGAUCCUCCAGUUUCAGAGAGAAGGCAUCAAGUGUCAAGAGUAGAGUGGUGAAGACUGUGAAGGGAGGUCAAAGUGGGCGAGCUAGGAGCAUUAGGCCUGUAAUGGAUGAUGUGGACGACAUGGAUGAAUCGUAG